GCCGAGCGCGGCUCGGACGACGGGCGGCCCAGCUUCGGCGGCAAGCGCUCCAGGGACUACUCGGCCCCCGUGAACUUCAUCAGCGCCGGGCUGAAGAAGUCGGCAGCCGAGGAGAUGUCGGAGGAAGACUCCGACGAGGACGAGAAGCCCGCGAAGCAGGAGGAGGCCCCCAAGGAGUUCGUGCCGAAGAAGUUAAAAACGGGGGGUAAUUUCAAGCCCAGUCAGAAAGGCUUUGUAGGGGGCACCAAGUCUUUCAUGGAUUUUGGAAGCUGGGAGAGACACACGAAGGGAAUUGGGCAGAAGCUCCUCCAGAAGAUGGGUUACGUCCCCGGAAGAGGCCUUGGGAAGAACGCACAAGGGAUUAUCAAUCCAAUUGAGGCCAAGCAAAGAAAAGGCAAAGGAGCCGUGGGGGCCUACGGCUCCGAGAGAACCGCCCAGUCCCUGCAAGACUUCCCCGUCGUGGACUCGGAAGAAGAGGCUGAAGAGGAAUUUCAAAAAGAGCUCAGUCAGUGGAGGAAGGAUCCUAAUGGAGGAAAGAAAAAACCCAAAUACAACUAUAAGACAGUAGAAGAAUUGAAAGCCAGGGGUAGGAUCAGCAAACAGCUCUCAGCACCUCAAAAGGAGCUGUCUCAGGUCAAGGUUAUAGAUAUGACAGGCCGUGAACAGAAAGUGUAUUACAGCUACAGUCAAAUUAGCCACAAGCACAAUAUUCCAGAUGACAGCCCUCAGCAGCCACUGGGCAAAGACUUGAAGCCCCAAGGAUUUGCCUUGCCCGAGCUGGAGCACAACCUGCAGCUCCUCAUUGACAUCACGGAGCAGGAGAUCAUCCAGAACGACCGGCAGCUGCAGUACGAGAGAGACAUGGUUGUCAACCUGACCCACGAGAUACAGAAGAUGUCUGAAGUCCUUUCCCAUGAGGAGAGGGCAAUUAACAAUCUCAGCAAAGUCCUGGAGAUGGUGGAGGAGUGCGAGAGACGGAUGCAGCCCAGUUGUGAAAAUCCCCUGACCCUGGAUGAGUGUGCAAAGAUUUUUGAGACGCUCCAGGACAAGUACUAUGAAGAGUACCGGAUGUCUGAUAGGGUGGACUUGGCAGUAGCAAUAGUUUAUCCUCUCAUGAAAGAUUACUUCAAGAACUGGGAUCCCCUCAAGGACUGUACAUAUGGCACAGAGAUUAUAGCCAAGUGGAAGAGCCUUUUGGAGAACGAUCAGCUGUUGUCACACAGCGGGCAGGAUCUUUCAACAGAUGCUUUUCACAGACUCAUGUGGGAAAUCUGGAUGCCGUAUGUCAGAAACAUAGUGACACAGUGGCAACCUAGGAACUGUGGAUCGAUGGUGGACUUCCUGGACAGCUGGGUGCACGUUGUUCCUGUGUGGAUACUGGAUAACAUUCUGGAUCAGCUCAUCUUCCCCAAGCUACAGAAAGAGGUUGAAAGCUGGAAUCCUUUGACAGACACAGUCCCAAUCCACUCUUGGAUUCACCCCUGGCUCCCCCUGAUGCAGGCGCGAUUGGAACCUCUCUAUUCUCCCAUCCGCAACAAGCUGGCGAACGCGCUGCAGAAGUGGCAUCCCAGCGACUCCUCAGCCAAGCUCAUCCUGCAGCCCUGGAAGGAUGUCUUCACACCAGGGUCGUGGGAGGCUUUCAUGGUCAAAAACAUCGUGCCGAAGCUAGGGAUGUGUUUGAAUGAGCUCAUCAUAAACCCCCACCAGCAGCACAUGGAUGCCUUCUACUGGGUCAUCGACUGGGAGGGAAUGAUUUCUGUCUCCAGCCUUGUUGGGCUGCUGGAGAAGCACUUCUUCCCUAAGUGGCUGCAGGUGCUCUGCUCUUGGCUUAGUAACAGCCCCAAUUACGAAGAGAUCACAAAGUGGUACCUGGGUUGGAAAUCCAUGUUCUCAGACCAGGUGUUGGCGCAUCCCUCGAUCAAAGACAAAUUUAAUGAAGCUCUUGAUAUCAUGAACCGGGCUGUCUCUUCUAGUGUUGGCGGCUACAUGCAGCCGGGCGCGCGGGAGAACAUCGCCUACCUGACGCACACGGAGCGCCGCAAGGACUUCCAGUACGAGGCCAUGCAGGAGCGGCGGGAGGCCGAGAACAUGGCGCAGCGCGGCAUCGGCGCCGCCGCCAGCUCCGUGCCCAUGAACUUCAAGGACCUCAUUCAGACCAAGGCGGAGGAGCACAACAUUGUUUUCAUGCCUGUGAUUGGGAAGCGGCACGAAGGGAAGCAGCUCUAUACGUUUGGACGGAUUGUGAUUUACAUUGACAGAGGAGUUGUAUUUGUACAGGGAGAAAAGACUUGGGUGCCAACCUCCCUCCAGAGUCUCAUUGAUAUGGCUAAAUAAGGGCCCUGCUUUGAACUGUGAAGGUUAUCUUGUUUUAAUGUAACUCUCUUAGAAUAAAGAAGUUACAAAUUUGUAAAUAGAUGAAA